GGUGCUAUGGCUGCAGUACUAGGAAAAAAAGCAAUCUUCUUGGCAGUGUUAGUGGUGGGGCUUUGGGCUUCCCAAGGCUGGUCUCGCUCAUUCUUUGAAGCUUCCAUGGUGGAGAGGCAUGAAAUGUGGAUGGUUCAAUAUAGACGUGCUUAUGAAGACAGCACGGAGAAGGAGAGGCGCUUCAAGAUAUUCAAGGAGAAUGUGGAGUUCAUUGACUGUUUCAACAAGGCUAGGAAUAAGCCUUACAAGCUAGGCAUCAAUGAAUUUACAGACCUCACUAAUGAAGAAUUUCGUGCCUCGCAUAAUGGAUUUGUGAUGUCUUCUCAUCGUACUUCAUCCAGAAUAAUGCCAUUCAGGUAUGAAAAUGUCACUGAAGUUGCAUCUGGCCUGGACUGGAGAACAAAAGGAGCUGUUACCCCUAUCAAAGACCAAGGUCUUCAAUGCAGAUCUUGUUGGGCUUUUUCUGCAGUGGCAGCAAUGGAAGGGAUCACUAAACUCUCAACUGGGAAGUUGAUCUCUCUUUCAGAGCAAGAAUUGGUUGAUUGUGACACAAGUGGAAUAGACCUAGGUUGUGACGGUGGUUGUAUGGAUCAUGCAUUUGAAUUCAUUAUCCAAAACAAUGGCCUUAGCACUGAAGCAAAUUACCCCUACUGGGGAGUUGAUGGAAAUUGCAACUCCAUGAAAGCAGCAGAUCAUAAAGCCAUGAUCACCGGUUUCGAAUAUGUGCCUGCCAACGAUGAGGAGGCAUUACUCAAGGCAGUGGCACACCAACCAGUCUCUGUUGCCAUUGAUACUGGUGAAUCUGCCUUCCAACAUUAUUCGAGUGGGGUAUUUACAGGAGACUGUGGAACUGAGUUGGAUCAUGCCGUUACUUUGGUUGGAUAUGGGACAAGUGAUGAUGGAACCAAGUAUUGGUUAGUCAAGAACUCAUGGGGCACUAGCUGGGGUGAGAGUGGAUACAUAAGAAUGGAAAGAGAUAUUGAUGCUGAGGAAGGCCUAUGUGGCAUUGCCAUGCAGCCUUCCUAUCCAACUCCAUAAAUGAUAUUGGGAAACCUCUUCCAGGUUCUCCUACAUUGCCUUGUUGUUUCUUAAUGGGAAGCGCUCUUGUACUGCAAUCCAUAUGCAUAUGAAAUAUAUCAUGCUGUUUCGUCUGCUACUAAGGCAAAGACUCCCGUAGAAUGAUCUUCGUUUGAAGCUUUAUACUCUUAUCCACUAUAAUUUGUCUUAUCCACUAUAGUUUGUUUUCGUUGGGUUUGAAAAAAAACAAAGAAAAUUUAGAGAGUUGAAAAUUGACACAGAUUUCUGCUGAAACUUUGAUGCAUUUAUUGUUUUUCCUUCUUAAUUUGCUUUACAACAAAACGUCACAUGGUUUCUACC